AUUCUCCAACACUUUGAGUUUACUAAUUGCCAUGCCAUACUUACUCCUCCUCCUCUCCUUCCUCCUCCGCCUCCGACCACACGAUGCUUCCGUGGAUUUCAACCGUCAACCACCACGACCCCUUGUUUACACCUAUCAUGAUGCUCCCCUAUCUCAUCCUCAACAGGUGCAUGUAUCGUUGGUCGGAAACAACUACAUGAAGGUUUCAUGGGUGACUGACGAAACCGAUGUGCCGUCUACGGUGGACUACGGAAAAACUCCGGGGAUUUAUGACUCAUCGGCCACCGGAGAAUACACAACUUAUAGCUAUUUCUUCUACAGUUCUGGGAAGAUCCAUCAUGUGACAAUCGGACCACUAGAUCCAGCCACCACGUAUUACUACCGGUGUGGUGGUUCUGGCCCAGAGUUUAACUUUCGAACACCGCCUGCCACCUUCCCAAUCGAGUUUGUAGUUGUUGGUGAUCUUGGACAGACUGAAUGGACGAGAUCGACCUUAGAACAUAUUAAUGCAAGCAACUACGACGUUUUGCUCCUACCUGGCGACCUAUCAUAUGCCGAUACCCACCAACCGCUCUGGGACUCAUUUGGACGGCUAGUUGAGCCAUAUGCUAGUCGUAGGCCAUGGAUGGUGACCCAAGGGAACCAUGAACAAGAAAUGAUCCCGCUCAUCUACCCGAAAGGGUUCAAAGCCUACAAUGCACGUUGGCCCAUGCCACACGAAGAAAGUGGAUCCGACUCGAACCUUUAUUACUCGUUUGAUAUUGUUGGAACUCACAUCAUUAUGUUAGGUUCUUAUGCUGACUUUAAAACUGGUUCAGAUCAAUAUAAGUGGUUGGCUAACGACUUGGCUAAAAUUGAUCGAUCAAGAACACCGUGGGUUCUCGUGCUUCUCCAUGCCCCAUGGUACAACUCAAAUACGGCUCAUCAAGGCGAAGGUGAAAGCAUGCGAGUAGCCAUGGAAGAAAUGUUGUAUAACUCGAGUGUUGAUAUGGUUUUCGCCGGCCAUGUUCAUGCAUACGAACGAUUUACAAGGGUUUACGACAACAAUGCUGAUCCUUGUGGUCCGAUUUACAUAACCAUUGGAGACGGAGGGAACCGAGAAGGCCUAGCCAUGAAAUACAAAGAACCUAGCCCUUCAAUAUCGUUGUAUCGGGAAGCAAGCUUUGGACACGGUCGAUUGAGAAUAAUGAACGGGACGCACGCUCAUUGGUUGUGGCACCGCAACGAUGACUCGGCCGUGCUAGUUGCCGAUGAUGUUUGGUUGGAAGCCUUGAGCUCUUCGCCUUCAUGUAGCCAAAAGAUCCAACCAAAAUUAAAAUCGACUCAACGUGAUGAGCUUUGAUCUCCUUAUUACAUACCAUUGUUU